GUUUCCUCGGCGUGUGUGCUCUCAUAUAACAAACGCUGCCUGCAGGCAACGACAGUAACACAGCAUCCAGCCUGUUCACCCCAACGGUUUGAUUGCGGCGCAGUUCUCUUUUCCUUUGGUCUGUGCUUACUGUCACUCGGUUUCUUGUUUGCGCUGUCUGUCUUUCCAUAUCUCCUCUUGAUACCCUCACUUCCGUUACACUACGCGCCGUCCUCUCCAAGUCCUCGCCUUCCUAUUCAUCCGUUGUUUCAGUUUCCGACAAUCGUUAUUGCUCGUCGGUUUCGAUCGGUUUCGGGCAGUUUCAAUCAUAUAAGAUGCCUUCCUCGACAUCUGCGCGGUCGCCACAACUCUCAGCCUCGUCCCCUCGUCCCAAGCAGAACGGACUGUUUCCUCCGCUCUCCAAUCACGGAUUGCCCAAAACACCAAUGCCUCUCUCUCCGGAUGGCAGCCUCCGACCUCAUCGUUUCUCAGGAGUCAGGGCCCCAUCACCGUUGCCUGGCUCCCCGCCGCCAAUGUCACCGCCCAUGUCCGCAAAGUCAUUCGGCACUUUCAUCGACUCUGAACCAUCUACUCCUGCCUACUCUCCUCGCAUGGGCUCCACAUGGGACGGCUCAACCAUAGUCCUGCUCUCUCCUCGCUCGUCAGCCCCCUCAAGCCCAACCGAGCCCACAUGGGACAUGCUGUCACCUAUGAAGCGACCAAAGAGAAUGACAUUCAGAAAGAAGUCAGCCCCUGCUCCAGUCAAAGAGAUAACCACAAGCACUUCGCUCUCAUCUCAUCCGCUCACUCCCGCGCUCACCCCCGCUCCGAAAGAGUCUCAAAAGGAGAACUUCCCCCCAGCACAAGAAGAUCCCGCGCCGCAAGCAGAGGAAGAGGAGCCAGCGCACACUGCUGCGCUGGAGAAGCUGGCCACCAAAGUCAAAUCGAUGCUUCGGCGGAAGAGCUCGGGAUCCAGCGACAAGAAGAUCGAGGAGAAGAAGCGGCGGCGGGGCUACACCGAUCUCGAUCGCAUAGAGGACGUGCACUGGACCGAGAUGUGAAGCGCAUUAUGUCUCCUCUCACGAGAACUUCCCGCUACGCCGUCUACGAUCAGGAAGUCUGCCGCCCUGUUGAUAUUGACCCCGAACAGCCGGGCAUAUAACCCUUGGACACUCAUAAAACACGACUGCUGCUGCGCCAUCAGCGCACACAUUUCCUAUACCAGCAUCUCCUACGUUCCCGGCUCGAUCACGAUGCUGCUGGCCAUCAUUAUCUUUCUUGCCGGCGUACACGGGGGGUAAUCUUCUUUGCUUUGCUUUUUUACUGAAUGACGGCGUUCAAUCGGACCGGCUGGGGACACGGACAUGGUUAGGCAUUUUAGAGACCAGACUGAAGGGAUGAACGAAGGCAUUUGGACUAUCGCUUGACACGCCGGGAUGUUUCUGGCGGCCUCUCUACAGCUAUGUUUGUUUGAGCCUAUGUAGCAGCGUCGGAGCUAUAGCGAGAGAUUGAUAAAGACUAGUGAAAUAGAUGAGUAUGGAACGUUACAAGAA